AAUUUGCUUGCAAGCUACAUUUGCAAAUGGAAAUCCAAAUCAUUUCUAAAGAAAUCAUCAAGCCAUCUUUUUCAACCCCAGACCACCUAAGAUCUCAUAAAAUUUGUCUUCUGGACCAAUUAGUUCCAUCUGAAGUGCACUUCCCUUUCAUUUUCUUUUACUCAGCUGCAAACGAAGAUAGAAUCAAAACUUCUGUAGCGCUCAAACACUCUCUAUCACAAACGUUAACUCACUACUACCCUUUUGCAGGGAGAGUGAAAGAUGCUUUUUCUAUCGAUUGCGAUGAUUCUGGUGUCACAUUUGUUGAAGCUCAAGUAGCAGGGAACAUGUCUGAGGUGCUUAAACAACCGGAGAUGGAGUUACUAGAGCAGCUGCUACCAUGCAAACUUGAUGCAAAGUUAAGUACUUUAGUGGUUGUUCAGGUGAGUUACUUUGGCUGCAAUGGGGUUGCAAUCUGCGUUUAUUUUAGUCAUGUUAUUGCAGAUGCAACAGCUGCAGCAAACUUUGUUAAAAACUGGGCUGCAGUUGCUUCUUGUGGUUCCAUUGAUAUUAAAGAUGUGAUUUUUGAUAGCACCUCAAUCUUCCCUCCACAAGAUGUAUUAGACAUAACCAAGAGUGUCUUCAAAAAACAUUGGUCGAACACAGAAGUUACUGCAAAAAGCUUUCUGUUCGACGCUCCAAAGAUUGCUGCUUUAAGAGAAGAACUUAGCAAUGGAGAAGGCGUGGACCGUCCAACAAGGUUUGAGGCUGUGACAACGCUUAUUUUGAGUGCUGUGAUGGCUGCUGCGGCAAGAGAAACAAAUGAGUUGACUUCUUCAUUUUUGGCAGCAUUAAUUCCUGUGAAUCUGAGAAAGAGAAUCAAUCCACCUUUGCCACAACAAUGUAUUGGUAGCUUGUGUGCAACAACAACGGUAAGUUGUCCCAUACAGCAAAAACUUGACCAUAAGAGUUUAGAAGGAAAAGUUCACGAAUCGAUAGGGAUGAUGGACGAUAAUUUUGUGAGGAAUGUUUAUGGAGGUGAUGAGUUCUUGAAUUUCUUUAGAAAUGCAGCUGAAGGAUUUGCUAAGAGCAUGGUUUUUAUGAUUACUAGUUGGUGUAAACUUCCUUGUUUUGAAGCUGAUUUUGGUUGGGGAAAGCCCAAAUGGGUUGCCACUACUGUGAGAGAUGAUAAAGUUGCAAUGCUCUUGGACACUUGUGAUGGUGAAGGAAUAGAAGCAUGGGUGGGAUUGUCCAAGGAAGACAUGGCCAAAUUUGAACAAGACCCUGCCAUUCUUGGUUAUGCUUCUGUUAAUCCAAGUCGCUUUUGAGAGUUGAAUAAUGGGAAUUUUAGAUUGCCUGUGUUAAUUGUGUUUAUGUUCUGGAGUUAACAAUAAGUUUGGUUUCUUUAAGCCAAUAAGUGCUUUUACACACUUUUGUUGUCAAAUGAAAUUGCUUUAGAAAAACUUAAGUACGGUUUCUCUAGAGCCUUCUGUAGUGUUGUGAAUAGGUUAUCAUGUUGAAACAAGAUUAUUGUGUACAAAUCUCUCUGCGUUUUCUAAAAUAAAUAACACCAUAAAUAUUUCAGAGCUACCUAUGGGGCUCUCAAGGACUCAAAGGUUGGUCUCCCAAAAUUCAACAGCAAAAUCAAGGUAAAAUUUUAUUAUCUUGUUUACCUCAUCUCCAUUUCUUGGAAUUUGAGUUGAGCGUUUCCAAAAAAAUUUGUGGGUUUGUGUGAACCCUUGUUUCCUGUAGGCAGUUGAGAAUGGUACAAAUAUAUCUUCUUGUUAUUGGAUGAACAUGAAUUACCUACUUUCAGCAGGCUCUAAAGCAUGAGCCCAUUUCUCUACUUCUACUGAUUUGCUGCACAAUUUAGAAUGUUGUUUCAACAGAUUUUAGGAGGAAAAGUUCGCAUUUAUACUGGAAUUUGUUAAU